AUGACGAACAUUACCUCUGAUAAAACCAAGGUACACUUCUUCAGAGAUGAAUUUAUGGAAGGAAGAUUUAGAAGACCAGAACCUUUUCUAACUGUUGACUAUAAUUCACAGACCAAUCGACUUGUUACAGCAGGUAUUCAAACCGAUAUUAAAGUUUGGGAAAUUUCCUACUCUGACGAUGAUGUCAUGUUCAAGCUUGUUGCUGUGAUGAAUCCAAUCUAUGACAGUGCCAAGGUUGUCAAUAUUGCUAGAUGGAGUCCUUGUGGUAAUUAUAUUGCUACAGGAUGUGGUAGAGGUGCUGUUAUUAUUUGGAAAAAGAAGGGUCUAAUUGAUCAAGGCUCACAACAGAAAAAGGCUGCUGCUUUGAAUAUUCAAGAUGAUGAAACAGAUCUAUCCUUCUUGGAAAGUGAAGUCAAGCCAACUGAAGAAUGGAUUAUUGUAAAGAGAUUUGGUGGCGAAGAAGGAGAAGAUGUUUGGGAUUUGAAUUGGUCACCUCCACUCAUUGAUCAUAAAACUGGAAAGACAACCUACUUGUUGGCAACUACAUCCAUGGAUAGAAGACUCAAAGUUUAUCAACCAUUGGAAACUUAUGAUAUUUUGCAUGAAUAUAUUUCUGAUGUCCACUCAUCGAUUGGUGGUGUGGCUUGGGAUCCUCUAGGUUAUUAUUUGGCCAUUCAAUUGAGUGCUGCUAAAAAGUCGAUACUGUUUGGGUUGAAUCAAGAAAAAUUCUCAAUUCUAGGUCCAAGAAGUCAACAAUCAUCAAAUACUGCUGGUGAAUCUAAGAAAAAGAAGAAGGGAGCUCCAGUCUUUGAAAAGGUUGGAACUAUCAAGAAGAGUGCUAAGGAUAAUAAGGAAUUAUUCCAAGGAGAUAAUCAUACCAUUCAGUACAGAUCUACAGUGUUGAAUAGUGUUAGAAGAUUGUCCUUCUCUCCAGAUGGUACCUUCUUAUUCACAACAGCAGGUUUAUCCAACUCUUUACACAUGUUCUAUAGAAAUAUAUGGAAGAAGCCAGUCAAGUGUAUUGCUGGCCUGACUUCCACUUGUCCAGUUGUUAGAUUCUCACCAAUUCUUUACAAAUCCAUUGCUGAAAAAUCAAUGCUGCCUUAUAGAAUGAUGGCUUGUGCCUCCUCGAAGGAUGAAAUUAUUAUUUUCGAUACCGAGUCCAAUAAUGUAUUAUACAGAGCUCAGAAAUUAUUCACACAAACAAUUACCGAUGUUGCUUGGAGCAAUGACGGCAAUGUUCUCUUUAUUUCAUCACAAGAAGGGUUGAUGGGUAUUAUUCGAUUUGAUUCAACUGAACUGGGAGAAAAGUACGAUUUACUCUCAGUCAUUACUGAAAUGCAAAACAACAGCAGCUCAACAACUGAAACUAAUUCAACAACACCUCUCUCACCUCUCCAAACUCACAUCUCAAAGAUUGGAGAACUCAUCUCUCAGAGUGGUAAAUCACUUCAAAAGAUUAUCCAAUCCAAUUCAGAGGCACCAAAGGAAGUAGAACAAGUGAAUGUUCUUGUUCCUAAGAGAAAGAAUGUUGUAACAACACUUGGUGCAACAACAACAACUUCAUCUACAGCAGCAAUUAUUAAUAUUGAAUAA